AACGAAAACAAUGGCAUUAAUUACCAAAAAAGUAUCGCAAGUUUACUGUAUUGAGAUAAUGAAAUGGACCAAGCCAUUGAUAAAGCGUGGCCUGUCGCUAUAUAAGCCGAUACUGGGCUGGAGUCUAAUACAGUUGUCUACCGACAUUGAUUGGUAGAGCCCAGCGGAUACAUUUCCAUUCAAUUACUUGGCGAGAGUAUUUGUUAAUCUUCGACAUGAGGACCUUCGUACUUCUAUUAAGCUGCCUUGUCUGCUGCGCCACAGCAGGACACUACGGUUUGGCGCAGAAACUCUUACACCUAAACAAUGUACGCACUGGACAAAUGGGUUAUACUUCUGCGGGCGCGGAUCAGCGUCAGCAUCAAGAAUUUCUGCUCGAUGUACUACUCCAAGUACAGAAGCCCUUGGUUAACAAUCAGCUCGUCCAACUGGGUCAGGAACUUGUUACGGAUCCCAAUAUGUAUUUGCUGCCAAACGAUGAAAUUUUACAGCAGUUCUUACAACAGGCCGAAAAUCGGGAGGUUAUCGGUCGUAAUGGCGUCUACAACCCAGUAGAUAUCUCAAAUAUACGCCAAUUAGUUGGACUUCAACGUUUCUUAGUGCUCGCUCGUGACUUCAACGUUUUCCAAAGAAAUGUUGUCUAUGCGCGUCUUUAUUUCAACGCAGUUAUGUUCGUGGAUGCCCUCUCGCUGGCAAUACGUGACCGUCCAGAUACUCAGGAUCUGGUGUUACCACCAAUGAAUGAGAUAUUACCACAGUUAUAUUAUGACAACUAUGUACUCAACUAUGCGCAAAAUGUUGAUUAUAGUGGUUUGAUUUCACAAGAAGCACGGGCGAAUAUAAAAUCAAGUAUAUUCGACAUCUUCGGUCUGCGCCGAAUUGGUUCAUUGUUUCAAUUAGGCAACUACGGUAACUACAAUCCAUUGCAACAGAGAUAUAGCGCACAGAGGUAUGGUUUCGGCCGGUUUGGAAUUGCUCCUGAAGGACGUACAGUUAACAGUAAAGAAAACGGUGGUGAAUACGUUGUAGAAAGCAGUUAUAUACAAGAAAAAAUUGUUGUGCCGGUAGAGGGAAGAGACGGAACUGAUUUAACAAACGAUGUUGAUCUGAACGUUGCGUGGAACCAUAUUGUUAAUGAUCAGCUGGUGCAAGCUGUUACUGAAAGUAUAGAGGGAGGUCAGCAAAAUGCAAUCGGUUCUAAUGGAUUACCCCAAGUUGAUGUAGGCAGUCCACGUCUACUGUUUGUUGGACGUCGUCGUCGUGUGGAUAACGGUGGAUAUUCAGCAUAUGUAAAUCCUUUCUACAGUCAGCAAAACCAAUACGGUUACAACGACCAAGAAUAUGCUCGUCAACAAUAUCAAACAACGCAAUAUGGUUACACAGGUCCGGAAUAUUCUUACGAUCGUCAACAAAACCAAGCAGGUCAAUAUAAUUACAAGGAAAAUGAUUAUUCCUACGGGCGUCAACAGAAACAGGGACCUCUGUAUGGCUACAAAGGAAAAGAAUACUACUAUGCUCGUCAACAGAAUCAGGGAUCUCAAUAUGAUCAACAGAAUCAGGCAUACAAAGACAAUGAAUACUCCUAUGGUCGUCAACAGAAUCAGGGAUCCCAAUAUGGUUACAACUCAUAUGGUCAACAAAAUCAAGGAUCUCAGUAUGGAUACAAAGACAACGAAUACUCCUACGGUCGCCAACAGAAUCAGGGAUCCCAAUAUGGUUACAACUCAUAUGGUCAACAAAAUCAAGGAUCGCAGUAUGGAUACAAAGACAAUGAAUACUCCUAUGGUCGUCAACAGAAUCAGGGAUCCCAAUAUGGUUACAACUCAUAUGGUCAACAAAAUCAAGGAUCUCAGUAUGGAUACAAAGACAAUGAAUACUCCUAUGGUCGUCAACAGAAUCAGGGAUCCCAAUAUGGUUACAAAUCAUACGGUCAACAAAAUCAAGGAUCUCAGUAUGGAUACAAAGACAAUGAAUACUCCUAUGGUCGUCAACAGAAUCAGGGAUCCCAAUAUGGUUACAACUCAUAUGGUCAACAAAAUCAAGGAUCUCAGUAUGGAUACAACUCAUAUGGCGAACAGCAGAAAGGAUCUCAAUACGGUUCGUACUAUGGUAUACCAUAUGGUCGUCAGCAGUAUCAGGGAUCUCAAUAUGGUUACGCAGAUCAGCAAUAUUAUUAUGGUGGUCAACCAAAUCAAGGAGCAAGGUACAGUUACAAUUAUCCAGUAUAUAGCUCGACUUAUUAUAAUCCAUACGGUAGCCAACAAUAUUAUUACAAAAACUACGAAUACCAAUAUGAACCAAGAAUUCAACAACAAGACCAAUAUCAAGGUCAACAACAGCAGCAGACCUAUCGUGUGCUCCCCUAUGGACCGCAAGAAGUGGUUAACGCCAAUGUUGGAGAUGACCAAGUGGUGAUUGAUCGUGUAGUUCGUGACACACACAAUCGUGGGCAAAGUGGCAAACGUUAUCGCAGCGAUGAAGGUAAACGAGUUAGUUAUCGCAAUGCCGAACAAUAUCGGGAACUGGGAGGAUUACAUGAGGGUAUUAUUCGUAGUAUUGAGACCACUCAGCAGUUAAGUUAUGCUCGACGCGGUGAAAUACUUUUGCAAAGUAUACAAGAAUUGGCUGCCAGAUUGAACAUUCAGCGCAUUGUGGAAACCCUUGAAGGAAGUAUUUCCCAGCAACAAGAUAUUCAGCUUGUGCAGCAGGAAGUAGAUCAAAUAAUUCAACAAAUCCGUGCACUCGUUGAUCAAAUUCGGGAAGAGGCUGGUAUUAGCGAAGGAAGCGAACGGGCGCUAUAUGUUGUCGCAGAUGUUAUUGGUGGUAGAAUUGUACUCGAGCAACAACAACUAUCGAUCGCUGUGAAGCGUACUUUACAAGAACUGCAACAACAAAUACAACGCAUUGUUGGAAAUCAAGUUGGUCAAGUGAAUGAGGUGACUCCACUUGUUUUAUUGUUCGGCUCUUUACGCAGUCCAGUAACUCAACAAACCAUUUUAUCAUUGGCCCAACUGAUCGAUGAUUACCGUCAGAAAUUGCAACCAUACACCAGCAGCCAACUGAGCGGCAAUGGUGACAUUAAAGUUCAAAAUGUUCAAAUCGAUCCUUUGGUCACCUAUACUGAGGUUGCGGACGUGGAUCUUGUCAAUAUGAUCGAUCAGCAGCUUUUGCAAUCGAACGCCAACAAUCUGCAACAACUUGGCCAAAAAGUGGUGGCUCGCCAACAGCGUUUAAAUUAUCAACCAUUCACCAUCUCUUUGGGUAUUGAAUCUCAACAUCAACAAGAAGUUGCCAUACGUAUAUUGCUCGCACCUCAAAUCGAUAAUACUGGACGUCGUGUAUCUUUGGCACAAAAUCGCAAUAACUUCAUUCUCAUCGAUGCUUAUGUACAACAAUUGCAGGCAGGUGUUAACAAUAUCGAACGCAAUUCACGCCAAUUCAAUGGAUACAACAGGGAAGUCUCCACUAUUAGCCAAAUCUACCGUCAGAUAAUGACUGGACAAAUCAAUGUACAAUCGGGUGUUACUCGCCAGCUCCCAAGAAAUCUUGUAUUACCACGUGGCUCUGCUAAUGGAGGUUUGCCUGUACAGAUUAUGGUUGCAGUGACCCCAUUAAACCAGCAAGAGGAGUUGUUACAUGUUGAAGCACGGCAAAUCAGUGGUUUGGGAAUCGCUGCUAUCGGCGUGGACCAAUUGCCGCUGAAUUACCCGCUGGAUAGGCAAAUUGUUGAUGGACAACGUUUGGAUGUGCCCAACAUUCAGUUGGUCGAAACUGUUAUCCAAUAUGACAGUCGCCGCAGUGCUUGAGAUACUCACUGCUAGUUGCAUUUGCCGAAGCUGUAACACUUAUAUGAACAGGUUUUCACUUUGAUUACUCUCACACUUUGAAUUUUGUAUUGUAUUUCUGCUAAAAACACAAUUUCUUUUCGUUA